AUGCAAGUAUAUGACCCUCUUGAAGAUGAAUGGUUUUUUGGCAAGCCUAUGCAGGUCAAACGAGUAUACCAUUGUAUGGUCACCUUCCAGAAUAAAUACUUAGUUGCAAUUGGAGGAAACAUGCCUACCACAGAUUCACUAUAUUCUGUUGAAAAAUAUGACAGGGAGACAAGAACCUGGACUUAUAUGCCACAACUAAAUAUCGGUCGAAUCGAGGCAAGUGCAGUAGCACUCGAUGACAAGAUAUAUGUUGUUGGUGGUUACAGCGGGUCAUCACCUCCCGAGCUCAACAGUUGCGAAGUUUACGACAGUUCAACUAACAAAUGGUCGUUAAUAGAGCCCACAAACACGCCAAGACGAGAUGCCGCAAUUACAGUCUACCAUGGUAAAGUGUAUGUACUUGGAGGAAAUCCUAAGAAGGGGUUGCCUAAUUUUGAGUACUAUUGUGAGGAAACUAAAUCUUGGAAGACUGAGGAGUCUGGAAACUUUAGUUCUGGUUGUCAAUGUUGUACUGUUACCCUAAGUGGGAAAUGCAUUUGUGAACUAUAUGAGCGUUAG